CGCCUUGCCAUAAUUACUAGCGGGGCCGUAGCCCCGCCCCCUUUCUGCCCGCGGCCUCCCUUGCUGGGCUCGUCCAAUCAGCGCCCGCCCGCGUCACUCCGAGGGCAACGAAACACGGAGAAAGGGGAAAAAAAAGUUUGGUGCGGAGCGAGCGGGGCCGGGCGGGCGCGGCGGGCCCGGCAAAGGUCUGGGUAUUGCACAGCAGUGGUACAUCUUGGAUUGAAAACAGCAAGAGGAAUCUCAAAGUUCAAGAUUACUGAAAUCUCAUCAGUCUGGUUUAUAGAAGAAGGGAGAAUGGCUCAAGAAACGAACCGUAGCCAAGUGCCUAUGCUUUGUUCCACUGGCUGCGGAUUUUACGGGAAUCCUCGCACAAAUGGCAUGUGUUCAGUGUGCUACAAAGAACAUCUUCAAAGGCAGAACAGUAAUGGUAGAAUUAGCCCUCCUGCCUCUGUCAGUAGUAUAACCGAGUCCUUACCGGUUCAGUGCACAGAAGGCAGCACCCAGGAAACUCAGUCCACUUUAGAUUCUACAUCGACUCCAUCUAUGCAGCCAAGCCCUGUGUCAAGUCAGUCACUUUUAACAGAAUCUGUAGCAUCAUCCCAACCGGAUAGUACGGCUGUGGACAAAACAGUACCUGAGACAGAAGAAUUGCAAGCUUCAGUGUCAGAGAAUGCAGAGCCUACACCUGAAGAACAAGACAAGUCGCUUGACAAACCAAAACAGAAAAAGAAUCGUUGUUUCAUGUGCAGGAAGAAGGUUGGACUUACUGGGUUCGAAUGUCGGUGUGGGAACGUUUACUGUGGAAUGCACCGUUACUCAGAUGUACACAGUUGCUCUUACAAUUACAAAGCUGAUGCUGCUGAGAAGAUCAGAAAAGAGAAUCCUGUAGUUGUUGGGGAAAAGAUCCAGAAGAUCUGAACUGCUGCUUCUGCUGGAAUACAAAAAUCCUUUGACCAUCUGCAGAUUAAAUUGACUUGAGCUUUUUUCCUUAGUCAUCAGGAACGUAGAGCAGUGUAUCUUGCCUAGACCUUUUAAUCAUGCAUGUCAUCAGAUGAAUAGAUUUUUUUGUUUUCAUUUUUUUUGUUGUUUUGAAAAUGACUCUGAACAUUAUUUUCAUUGCAGUUUUCUGUGGCUGAAGACUUAAGUAAACUUUACAAAUAUUAUCCUUUAAGAUCAUUUUAAUUUUAGUUGAGUGCAGAGGGCUUUUAUAACAAACGUGGAGAAAAUAUUGGAGGGCUGUGCUUUUCCAGGAUAAAACAUGCAUGCGUUAACUUUGCAGUUUAUUUUCUUGUUGUAUAUAGCUUUUCUCUGCAGCACAAUUUCCUUUUUUUUUUUUUUUUUUGAUAAUGCCUUGUAUGGCACAACUAGUUAUCAGUAACUGAAUGUAUUUUAAUCAUUAUGGCUGCUUCUGGUUUUUUUUCCCAUUAACGAGAGGUUAUACAUGUUCGCAUAUUAGCUUGUUUGCACCCUCUACCUAUUUAUGUAUGAAUCAUUUGUAAUGAGAGUGUGUGCUGAGAUUGUGUGGGGGAUUUUUUGUUGUUUUCUUUUUUUUUUUAAUUGGGGUUUGUUUUUGUGUGUGUGGGGGGAAGGCUGUAUGCACUUCAUUGACUGCAGUUUUCAUUGGGAUUUCAUCCAUCAGUUUGUCUGUACACAAAUAUGAAGAAUGAUCUGAAGUACCUGUGCUGUAUUUAUGUUUAUCCACGUCUUAACUUUGAUUAAAUAAAAUUUAAAAAAAUCUGA